AUGAAAUUCUCUACAUACCUAGUGCUUUUCUCUCUCUUUCUCUUUCAAAGCUCAAAUGGCUCCAAUAUUCUUGUCUCUGAAUCUUGCAUGGAGGCCUCGAAAUUUGACCCAACUUUUAGCUUUGAUUUCUGUGUUGCAUACCUCUCCAAUUGGCAGCCACCAAGCAGCAACCUUGAACAUUACUGGGUGAAUUCCAUUCAGUUAACCAAGUCGAAUGCAACCAACGGGCUUUCCUUCAUUUGGAAGCUGUUGGAGGACACAAGUAUUGAUCAGCACACAAAGCAUUGCCUAAAAGGUUGCUUUGAUUCAUACAAGGAUAUGGUUUCGGAAUUAGAUGCUGCUGUGGUUGCUUUCAAGGCCAAGGACCUGGACACUGCUGGUACAAAAGGUGAGCGAAUCCUUAGAUACCCAGUGAUUCUCUUUGUGUUUCUCUUUGAAUGCUCGAAGGGGUCAAAUCCUCUUAUCACGGAUUCUUGCGCGAAGGCGAAGAAGACUGAUAAAUAUUUUGAUUAUGAUUUCUGCAUUGCAUUCCUUGAAGAGGCGAGCUCCAAGUUGAGAGCGCCACCGAGCAACGUGGAAGACCUUGUGGUGCUUGCAAUCAAGGAAAGCAAAUCCAACGCAACCAACAUAGUUUCCAUCGUUUCAAAGCUCUUGAAGAAUAAUACUGAUCCAUACGUAAAGUCUUGCUUAGGUGAUUGCCUUGAAUUUUACACCGACGCCGUUUCGGAUUUAGAUGAUGCUGUGGCCGCUGUCGAGUCCAAGCAUUUCGACGCCGCUAAAAGACAAAUUGAAUCUUCCUUGGAUUUCACUGAUACUUGUGAAGAUCAAUUCAAGGAAGGGGAAGGUGUAACAUCUCCUAUAACAAAGGAGAACCACUCCUUCUUCGAACUCGGUCUCAUAUCUAUCUAUUUCAUCCCUCUAAUUGGUCAACAUUCUUGA